GGGGUGUUCCUCUGAGGUUACACUACAAGUGUCUCCAAGCGUAUAGAAAGGUAUUGUGCUAACUUAUGACAAGACGACACGCAAGGCGCGAGCGCGAGCGAUUUAUUGUGUUGCAUGUCGCUAUGAGGAUUUAUAUUGAGCAAACACAGCAGCAACAACAGUAUUUUCCGGAAGAGUUCCUAUAUUUCCUUACGCAUACUUCUAGGAUUAAGGAUGCAAAAUCCUCACUACCACAUCAGAUUGGAGAUGGCAUUCUCUGUAGUCUUCGGAGACAACUUGCCUGGCUUGGUGGCUUGCGCUACACUGACCCAGAUAUGUUGACGUUAUAUCAAGCAGCCUGGGAAGGGGCUAGCAUAGGCGCUCACACAGACACACGCGUUGUGGAGGGUCUUCAUAGUAAGCUGAAUGAUUCGGAACAGCAGGAACCCCCUGGAAGCUCGAAGCUGCUCUCAUGUGUCAGUGGAGUGAUGAAGAUUAUUUUGUGCAACCAAGGCGUGCAUGGCAAGGCAGCGGAGCAACUCAUGCGCGCAGUGAGCGCAUGUUUACGAGAAGUGCAUGUCAGUGUGGUGCUUCCAACGACUUCGGGUCCUGAAACAGAAGAGGAAGGUCGUGCAGGAAAGACGAAUGGUGGUAAAGGAGCCAGUUCAGUAUCGAGGCACGGCAUCAACUCCAUUCCUCUUCGGCUGUUGGUAGCGCUUCGCGUGCUAAAGUAUCAGUAAUAGCAUAAUCAGCGGAGCGAUUCGGUAGAAUUUAAUAGCUUAAGUGAAUCGAUCGGAUAAAAACUGUAUCUGUUGCUCAUAUUGCAUGAUAAUAGUGGGGUUUACCUUAGCAUAUUACGUAUGAAGCUUCUUUAAAUUGGUUUCCCCGAUGAUGUUUCUUCUAAAAUCUUAGCUUCCUAUUAUGUUUUGCAUAGCCCUUUUUAUGUCUGCCCACUACCGGUAUCCUUGCUGUUAAUUUUACGUGUUUAAUGUAAGCUGCUUAAUCAUAUACAUUCUAACAGAAUUUGUAUGAUAUAUAUAUAUAUA